UAAAGGAAGCGGGCGCCGCGUUUCCGGAAGCGGCGGCGGGUGGGGCGGUCCCGCCAUGAAGCCGGCGGUGGACGAGAUGUUCCCUGAGGGCGCCGGUCCCUACGUGGAUCUGGAUGAGGCAGGGGGAAGCACGGGGCUGCUGAUGGACCUGGCUGCCAACGAGAAAGCCGUGCACGCCGACUUCUUCAACGAUUUUGAAGAUCUCUUUGAUGAUGAUGACAUCCAGUGAACUUUGUUGUCGAGCUGUGCAGUGUGAGAUGCGGAUUUUUCUCUAGGAUCACCUGUGGUGUCCCCAUUAUUUAUUAAAAUAAUUAAACCAGGAAAAUCACAGAGGGUGGGAAAAGCCUGUAUAAGCUGCUCGGGGAAUAUGAAAACCAGAUGGUUAAAGAUAACUAAGGAGGGAAUUGUGGACUGUUAUUUCUAGGAAGCUGUGUGUAGAUUUAUCUUAAAAUUUUACUUGCUGAUGUGCUCAUUCAAUAAAAUACUAACAAAAA